AUGGGUCGUUCUCAUUCUCAACGUAGUUCUUCAAGUGCACUUAGUGAAAAGCAAAAAAGUCAUCAUCAUUCCAAACAGCAAAAUAGUCGUUCAAAUCAUAAAAAAACCAAAAGAAAAUCAAGCAGUCGAAAUACAUCUAAAGACUGUCAAAAAGCUAAAUUACUUAAUCUUACUAAAGCAAUAUCUACUAUGAUUGAUUCAGAUAAAAAGCGUAACCGUUCAGAAAAGCAUAAAAACAAACUACCUUCAUGUGGUUGUCCAUAUGAUUGUGAAAGCGAAAUUCAAGCCUUACGUAAAAAUAUUGAAAAUCUACGUUCUGGUCUAAGUCAUAGUUAUAAGGACAGACCAAUAUUUCAAUUGGAACAUUUUAUUGAUGAUCAUUACCAGUUAUUAUCAGAAGCUUGGCUUUCAAUUGGACAAUCAAAACUUCGUGAUCUAGUCUCAGCUAGUCUAUUGUCAAUCUGUGCUAGACGAGAGCGUAGAGAUGCAAAACAUUCAUCGAAUAAAAGUCCAAGAGUUUCGUGUAUUGUACAACCUUUUGUAUCGUUUGAUGGAAGUGAUUAUCAAUUGGGUGUUUCAGAAUUAUGGCAUAGAUGUAUUCGUGAAUUAGAUGAUCUUUCAGUGGAACAAGUCAGAACUAUACUGAAUGGAACAGGUAAUCUUGAUCCAACUGAAUUAGUUCAUAAUAGCAGCAGUAAUAAAGCUGGCGUAAUCAUCUCUGACAAAGAUCACAAAUCUAGAUCAAAAGCUUCUAUGGAAAAUAAGGUAGAUGAGAAAAUAUCUGAUAAACAAAUCCAUGAUGCGGAUUCAACGACUGCAUUAUGUUCACGUCAAACGAUUGGAUCUUCUUUCCGAUAUUUCAAUGCAGUCCUGUCUUCCCUGGCUGCCUCUUCAGCGAGUUUGUUGGUUUUCGCCUGUAAGUCUUCGAGUUUGUGUGACAUUGGACAUAUAUCAUCCACAAGUGAAAUCUAGAUCUUCUGGAGUCUUCUUAUCAAUUGUCUAGCGUAUUCCAGUCUCUUCGCUCCCUAUGCACAGUCUGACGCAUAAUCCAGUCUACUACAAUUAA